UGUUUUGGCUAACUGCUAGCCGAUCGGUGCUACGCGGCUGUACUGAAACGGAACGUCCAAACUUCCUUCAACAUACAUCCAGCAGAAAGCGCUGUCACUUCGAGGACUCUACUUGUCAAAAUGCCUCAGACCAACAAGUCGGCGAGCGGGUGCAGUGUGCCAGGUCAGGUGUCUGCUCCGGAUCAGGGUGAACCGCCACCGCCUCAGGAUGUCAGGUCACAGGAGGCUGCUGGAGACGUAGGCAGAGGAGCCGCUGCUGAAGACCGGGGAGACCCAGAGAUCAUCAGAUCGCCCAGUGACCCAAAGAAAUACAGGUACAUCGAGCUGGCUAACGGCCUCCGAGCGCUCCUCAUCUCUGACUUCAGCGGGGCAGAGGGGAAAGGAGGCAGUGAGAACGGAGAGGACAAAGGGGAGGACGGGCGGGAGGAGGGGGAGGGGGAGCGGGAGGAUGACGAUGAGGAGGAAGGAGACUCGGGCGAGGGUUCGGAGGAGGACGAGGAGGAAGACGAAGAGGAAGAGCAGGACAGCGACUUUGAUGAGCUGGAUGAAGACAAUGCAGGAAAGACGAAGAGAGGGAGCUCCGAGAAGCAGGCUGCUGCGGCUCUGUGCAUCAGUGUGGGGAGCUUCAGUGACCCGGACGACCUGCCCGGCCUCGCCCACUUCCUGGAGCACAUGGUGUUUAUGGGCAGUGAGAAAUACCCCGCAGAGAACGGCUUCGACGCCUUCCUGAAGAAGCACGGAGGAAGCGACAACGCCUCCACCGACUGCGAGAGGACCAUCUUCCAGUUUGACGUGCAGAGGAAGUAUUUCAGAGAGGCGCUCGACAGGUGGGCUCAGUUCUUCAUCUGUCCUCUGAUGAUAGAAGACGCCAUCGACAGAGAGGUGGAGGCCGUGGACAGCGAGUACCAGCUAGCGAGGCCGUCCGACUCUCACCGGAAAGAGAUGCUGUUUGGGAGUUUGGCAAAACCAGGACACCCAAUGGGCAAAUUCUGCUGGGGUAACGCUCAGACAUUAAAGCAUGAGCCCAGAGAGAAACAGAUCAACACCUACCAGCGGCUCCGAGACUUCUGGAGGAGAUAUUACUCGGCUCAUUACAUGACGCUAACCGUGCAGUCCAAAGAAACUCUGGACACUCUGGAGACGUGGGUGAGAGAGAUCUUCAUCAAAGUUCCCAACAACGGUGAACCUCGAGCCGACUUCUCUCCGCUGCAGCAGCCGUUUGACACGCCGGCCUUCAACAAACUCUACAGAGUUGUUCCUGUGAGGAAGGUUCACGCUCUGACCAUCAGCUGGGCCGUACCUCCGCAGGGGAAACACUACAGAGUGAAACCUCUUCAUUACAUCUCCUGGCUGAUCGGACACGAGGGAACCGGCAGCAUCCUGUCUCUGCUCAGGAAGAAGUGCUGGGCUCUCGCUCUGUUUGGAGGAAACAGUGAGACGGGUUUCGACCAGAACACCACCUACUCCAUCUUCUCCAUCUCCAUCACCCUCACCGACCAGGGCUACCAGAACUUCUACCAGGUGGUUCAUUUUGUGUUCCAGUACCUGAAGAUGCUGCAGACUCUCGGCCCGCAGCAGAGGAUCUACGAGGAAAUCCAGAAGAUCGAAGCCAACGAGUUCCACUAUCAGGAGCAGACGGAUCCCAUCGAGUUUGUGGAGAACAUCUGUGAGAACAUGCAGCUGUUUCCCAAAGAGGACUUCCUGACCGGAGACCAGCUCAUGUUCGAGUACGACCCCCAGGUGAUCAGUGCUGCUCUCUCCCUGCUGACUCCCAACAGAGCGAACCUGCUGCUGCUGUCACCAGAGAACGAAGGUCACUGUCCGCUCAGAGAAAAAUGGUUUGGUACCUGCUACAGCAAGGAGGACGUCUCAGAGGAGUGGGCUCAGCGCUGGAGCGGAGACUUUGAGCCCAACCCUGACCUCCACCUUCCUGCUGAGAACAAAUUCAUCGCGACGGAUUUCGACCUGAAAACGUCGGACUGUCCGGACACCGAGUUUCCUGUGAGGAUCGUAAACAACGAGCGAGGCUGUUUGUGGUACAAGAAGGACAACAAGUUCAAGAUCCCCAAAGCUUAUAUCCGCUUCAACCUGAUCACCCCGAUGAUUCAGAAGAGUCCAGAAAAUCUGGUGCUCUUCGACCUCUUCGUGAACGUCUUGGCUCACAACCUGGCGGAGCCGGCGUACGAGGCUGACGUGGCUCAGCUGGAGUACAAGCUGGUGGCCGGGGAGCACGGCCUGGUGAUCCGGCUCAAAGGAUUCAACCACAAACUGCCGCUGCUGUUGAAGCUGAUCGUGGAUCAUCUGGCCGAGUUCAGCACGGAGCCCGGCGUGUUCAACAUGUUCUCUGAGCAGCUGAAGAAGACCUACUUCAACAUCCUCAUCAAACCCGAGAGACUCGGCAAGGACGUCCGUCUGCUGAUCCUGGAGCACUGUCGCUGGUCGGUCAUUCAGAAGUAUCAGGCCGUCACCAAGGGUCUGACCGUCGACGACCUCCUGACCUUCGUUUCCGGGCUGAAGGCGGAGCUGUACGCCGAGGGGCUGGUGCAGGGGAACUUCACCAGCGCGGAGUCCAAGGAGUUCCUGCAGUACUUCAUCGAGAAGCUGCAGUUCCAGCCUCUGUCAGCAGAGGUCCCCGUGCUGUUCCGGGUGGUGGAGCUGCCUCAGAAACAUCAUCUGUGUAAAGUCAAAUCUCUCAACAAAGCAGACGCCAACUCCGAGGUCACCGUCUACUUCCAGUCGGGGCUGAAGAACCUGAGAGAGCACGCUCUGAUGGAGCUGAUGGUGAUGCACAUGGAGGAGCCGUGUUUCGACUUCCUAAGAACCAAGGAGACUCUGGGGUACCAGGUGUACCCAACCUGCAGGAACACCUCAGGGGUGCUGGGAUUCUCUGUCACCGUGGAAACACAGGCCACCAAGUUCAGCACAGAGUUUGUGGAGGCGAAGAUCGAGGAGUUCCUUGUCAGCUUCGGCGAGUGUUUGUCGGGUCUUAGCGAGGAGGCGUUUAAAACGCAGGUGACCGCUCUCAUCAAGCUGAAGGAGUGCGAGGACGCUCACCUGGGAGAGGAGGUCGACCGAAACUGGUUUGAGGUCGUCACGCAGCAGUACGUCUUCAAGCGGCUCAACAAAGAGAUCGAGGCCCUGAAGGUCUUCAGUCAGGGGAAGCUGGUCUCCUGGUUCAGGGGACACAGAAACGGCGGCAGUAGGAGGCUCAGCGGGCCCGUGGUCGGUUUCGGCGUGGAGGAGAACGACCCGCCUGAGCAGAGUGUCUGCUGCAGCCAGGACAGCCCCGACUCCCCCCCCUCCUCCUCGGCAUACGGGGAGGUGAGCGAGCUGAACUUCCUGCCUGCCUCCUCGCCGGCGCUCCAGGACGUCACGCUCAUCUCAGACAUCAGAGCGUUCACCUCAUCCCUCCCCCUCCACCCAUACCACAAAAUCCUCAGCUAGGUCCGGACGGACGGUGAAGGUGAAGAACGCCUCGUUCACUCUGUCAGUGUGUCGGGGAAAAUAAAGUUACCAUUGAAACA